AUGGUUGUGUUACAGAAUGAAGACUUACAACCAAAGAAGGGGAAGUCUACGUUCUACAAUCUGCAGUCUGCAGGUCCACCCCAGGGGGAUAAGGUCUUCACCCAGGGGGCUGUAGGGAGCUGGAGAUCCCCAGUGGAGACAGCCUAUUCCAGCCAGGAGCCAGGGAGGGCCAGGUGGAGUGCCACGGGGCUGGCUGCCCAGCUUGAGCGCUACAUGGCUGGAGCAGCACACACCCAGAGUCGCCCAGUACCAGGAGCAGUGGUGGGAUCAGUGGUGGGACCCAAGGGGAAGCUCUACUCUUUCAGCUAUGUACGCCCUGGUGGUCAGGUAGAACCUCAGACACGACUUGGUGGCAGUGGCUCCAAACCUCCAAGGCCCAACAUAGACAGGCUUCUUUUCAAGGCUGCGUCCAACCAUCAGGUGCCCAAGGAGCAGCUCAGUACGGUGGAUGAGCGGUUCAUCCUGAACGUGGUCAACCAGCUGGGGAGGCAGAGAGUGAACAUGGACGAUCUGAUGGGUAAAGACCUGAACCAGCUGGCAGACAUAAUCUCUGGUGCCCUGCAAGUGGUGGAUGAGGAGGGGCCCGAGGACAGAGCCAAGCCCAGGCUCGUGGGACACAUACGGGACAGGCAGAUGAAGAGAGAGCCCCUGCAUUCCAUGGACCAGGAUGAGGAGGACCAAGAGGACUUGUUGGAGCAAGAUGCUAUUAGUCAAGGGAAACAAAUGGUGGAUGCAGACUCUGAGCCAAAUGACAAGGACCCAAUCUUAGUUAGUAAGCUCUUGGAGUACCUCAACAUGGACCCCUUCAGUGAUGCCCCUGAUGCCCAGCUGGAGGUUGGUGAUGCUGGUGGUGCUGCAGGCAACCCCUCCAUUGAGGGCCAGAGAACAGUGGGUCUGGAGAACGUAAGGAGCAGGACCACACAGGGCCAAGUGCCUGUACCACACCCCUGGGAGGAGAGGAGCAUGACCAUGGGAGGAGAGGAUGGAGCUCCAGACCAGCCAGAUGAUGGAGCCUCAGACCAACCGGCGGAUGUCCAGGGUUCUGACUCCCUGGUAGACUCUGAGGUGGAGAGGUGGAUGUACGGUACGGAAGCUCCUUCUCCUCCGGCGGCUGAGACGGACCUCCUGGCAGAAGAACCACAGGAGAGAAAUCUCCUAGCAGAACCACAGAAGAAGGACAUGCGGCUCCAGGAGGAGGUGGUACAUAUGGGAGUCAAAGCUUACUCAAAGUCACCGCAAGGGAAAGACCACCACAGCGACAUUGGCUACAUCAUUACAGACACAGACUCCCUCACCUCUGACCAGGGCUUGGACCUGAUGGAACGUCUGGGUCGGAGGGUCAACCUCCACUUGACCGACCUUCUCCACCUCUCAGUGCUGGGUCCAGCUGUAACCUUCAGGGUGGGCACCAACCCUCACAAUGUCAGCACUGCCGAUGUGGCUCACGUUGCAGUUCAGCAGAAGAAGCAGCUGGAGAAGGAGACAGGUGUGAAGAUCCUGGAGGCUGGAGUCAGCGAUAAGGGAAGCUUGAGGCAGAUCCCGGUGGUCACGGAGAGUCGUCUGGAGUCUGGUCAGUUCCUGGUCUUGACCGUCAUCUCCAUGGUCCUGAUCAUGGGGGCGCUGGCAGCGUCUGGCUGGCUCUUCUGCCUGCGCCACCGCUCCCACCUCCAAAUGAAGGAGAAACUAGCCAGCCUGGGGACUGACACCAGUGCUGAUGCAACGUCAACCUAUCAGCAGUUGUGUCGCCAGCGAAUGGCUGUGCGGACAUCAGAGCGUCCGGAGCGCCCGGAGCCUCUACGGCACCACUCGCGGCUGAACAGCGCGUCGUCUCAGUUCAGCGAUGGGGGGCCCAUGGCCAGCCCCUCUGCCCGUAGCUCCACCUCAUCCUGGUGCGAGGAGCCUGUCCUCGCCAACAUGGACAUCUCCACCGGACACAUGAUACUGUCGUACAUGGAGGACCACUUGAAGAACAAGAACCGUCUGGAGAAGGAGUGGGAGGCGAUGUGUGGCUACCUGGCUGAGCCCGGCGCCUGUAACGUGGGCCAGGACAAACACAACACCAAGAGGAACCUCACCGACGCCGUGGUCGUCUAUGAUCAUUCCAGAAUAACCUUGAAGGCUGAGAAUAACCAUGGCAACUCCGAUUACAUCAAUGCUAGCCCAAUUAUGGACCAUGACCCGAGGAACCCCAUGUACAUCUCUUCACAAGGCCCUCUACCCUCCACCGUGGCUGACUUCUGGCAGAUGGUGUGGGAGAAUGGCUGUGUGGUCAUCGUCAUGCUAACGCCCCUGUCGGAAAAUGGAGUCAAACAGUGUCAACAGUACUGGCCGGACGAGGGCUUCAAUGUCUACCAUGUUUAUGAGGUGAACCUGGUAUCAGAACACAUCUGGUGUGAGGACUUCCUGGUCAGGAGUUUCUACCUGAAGAACCUGCAGACCAACGAGACGCGCACCGUCACGCAGUUCCACUUCCUUUCCUGGGUGGACCGCAGCAUCCCUGACUCAGCCAGGAUCAUGCUGGACUUCCGUAGAAAGGUUAACAAGUGCUACCGGGGUCGGUCUUGUCCAAUAAUUGUCCACUGCAGUGACGGAGCUGGCAGAAGCGGAACGUACAUUCUGAUUGACAUGGUCCUCAAUAGGAUGGCUAAAGGUGCUAAAGAGAUUGAUAUUGCCGCUACCCUGGAGCACUUGAGAGACCAAAGACCCGGCAUGGUCCAGACAAAGGAGCAGUUUGAGUUUGCGCUGACAGCCGUGGCGGAGGAGGUGAAUGCCAUCCUAAAAGCACUUCCACAGUGA